AUGACAGCGGGAACUGUUGUUAUCACCGGGGGAAUCCUAGCAACAGUGAUCCUACUGUGCAUCAUUGCCGUGCUCUGCUACUGUAGGCUACAGUACUAUUGCUGCAAGAAAGAUGACUCUGAUGAGGAAGAGGAGGAGGAGGAGGAGGAGGAAGAGGAAGAGCCUGACCUUCCCACACACUCGCACCUUGGCACGUGCAACGCCUGCAACUCCCGCAUGGUGGAUGGCCAGGGCAGCCCCGUGCCCCCCCCAAGUGAGCUCAACCAGCAUGGGGCUCACAACUACUGCCCGACCUGCUCCCCAUAUGGCUCCCCCUUUUACAUCCGGACUGCUGACAUGGUGCGCAAUGGGGGCGAGAGGGUCACCUACGCCCCCGCGUGCUACAAGGAGAUGGGGCCGCCCAUCAACAUGGCCCCCCUGCAAAGCUACCCGGUGAGCCGCCACGGCCUCCUCCGCGAGAGCUUCCCGAACCCGCGGGCGAUCAGCACGGAGGUGUAG